GUAACAGUUGUUUUCUAUGAUGUUGAUGGUCCACAGAUUUCAUGGUCCUGAAAAACUUUCUUGGUGAGACUUCAUUUUUUUUUUUUUUUAAAUCAGUGUUCUAAUUUUUGGUACUGUUUUAGGGGUUUUUGUAGUUCUUGAUUUCACGAGUUUUGUGGUGUAAAACCUAAUUUUAGCGAAAAAAAAAAAAAUCAAGAUGGAAGAGUGUAGUAAAGAGAAACAUGGGUUGGAUUUGAAUAGGGAUCCAGUUGAGCAAAUGGAGUCUACUUUGACUAUUACUGACUUAAGUUCUAGACAAGAUCUUGAUUUGAAUGAGUCUAUUAAAGAUGUAUGUGAAAAUAAUGAUGGUGGUUGUGAAAAUAAUGAUGGUGGGUGUGAAAAUGACCCUAAUAAAGGUAUCAUUGGUGAUGUUGACUCUGAUAAGGUUAAGGGAAGUGUUGGUCAAGUUGUCGAGGAGGAGAAGGUUCCGGAUGAGAAUCGAGUGGAAGUUGUUGUUAAGAAGCGUCGAGGGAGGAAAAAGAAAGUGGUGGUUUCGACAAAGGAUGAAACUUUGUGUCGUUUGGAGCUCGAGAGAGAGGGUUUGUCUGAGUUGAGUCCUUCAGGAGAAAGAAAUUGUGACAAAGUGAUUAAAAUUGAGGACGAUGUAGCUGCUGAUGGUAACGGUGAGCCACGUGGAAAGGGUGAUGUCGCUAAGGGCAAAGGGCGGAGAGGGAGGAAAAAGAAGGAGGUGAAGGAUUCAAGAAAGGAUGAUGUUUCUCAUGACUCGGUAUCUCUUAAGGAAGAUUGGAGUACCCAAGUGCAAGUUGAUAAAAGCAAUGCUAAAGGCGAGAAUACGUCUGGCAGGAGAGGCAGUGAAAGGAAAAGAAUUAAAGUGGAUUAUGCUGAAUAUCACGAUGACGAUUUCACUGACGAGGAACAAAUUGAUGCCAAUGGUGAUGAAUGCAAGAUUAAGCCUGGGAAGAGACGCAGAGGGAGGAAAAGAAAGAAAGCGGUGGGUAUUGAGUGUCCUGAUAAUGAUCAAGUGAAAAGACAGAAGGUGAACACAGCGCUUUCUUUGGGUCCGUUUAAAAGGGUCUUGAGGUCCCAGACAGUGGCAGUUGUUGAUGGUGAGAAGCAUGUUCAUAGAGUGAAGGAUGUAGGUGUGUCCAGUAAAAAAAUAGAGAGCAAAAUUGAUCCUUCUGACAAAAUACUUAAGACAAGGGUAAACGAUAAUGCAGUCCCGAAAAAGAGGGGAAGGCCAAAGUUGAAGGGCCGUCGUGGAAGACCUCCAAAGAUGCAAGGCAGAAAUGAAAUUUCCAGUCCGACGAGUAGCCAAAAAGAUAAAUUGAGGGGUCCCAAGAGAGGCACGAAUUAUGAAAAAGCAGAUGGUCUUGUUAGGGGUUCAAAGCAGCUAAAGGCGAAUCAGACAAAUGCUGUGGAAGAGGUGGUCAACAUCAAAAAGGAGAUGGCUUCUGGGUAUGAGGAAGACACUGAUCAAGCAAAUGCCGAAGCUAAUAAUGAUGGUCCUGGAGAUGGUCGAAACAAAAGGCUCAGCAGUGAUCCACAUCAUGCGAAGAAAAGUAAAUUGAAAGGAAACAAGCCUGAGGUGAUGGAGUCGGGUCUUAGGGAACAAAAACAGGCAAUUAGAAAUCAGAUAAUCGAUAUGCUUGUGAAGGCAGGUUGGACUAUUGAGUACAGGCAGAGGGCAACGAGAAAGUAUGCUGAUGCAAUUUUUUAUGAUCCUGAAGGAAGGCAACAUUGGUCAGUCACUUUGGCAUACAAGAGGCUCAAAAAGAAAGUUGAAUCUGGAGAAGCUGACGAUAAGACCAAUUCUGCAUUUACUCCUAUCGCGGAGGAGGUAUUCAGCACACUUUUCAGGUGUAGGAAAGAAAAAGAGAACGAUGGAAAGAAGAAGCAAAAGGAUGAUGGAAGUAGAAUGAGCAAGAAAAUGAGCAAGAAAAUGACCAAACUGAAGCUAUCCAAGAAGCAAUCUGCCAAAAACAAGCAAGAAAAUGACCAUAAAGGAAGUGUUGGCUCCAAAACAGGAGUACGGAGGAAAAAGUUGCGACCAAAUACGGAAGAUGGACAUCGCAGAAAGCCUGCUCUAUUGGCACGUAGCUCUCAGGGAGGGGUUGAUUCAGAUGGUGAUGAGUUUAUACUGUAUGAUGGGAAGCGCACUCUUCUAGCGUGGAUGAUUGAGUUAGGGGUUAUUCAAUCUGAUUCUCAGGUGCACUACAUUUAUGGCGAAAGAAAAAAAUUGAAGCAUGAAGGAAAGAUCAAGGGAGAUGGAAUUUGUUGUGGCUGUUGUGGUGAGACAUUGAAGCUUACUGAUUUUGAAUCCCAUGCUGGAAGUAAGCUAGGUACGCCAUUUGAGAAUGUGUUUCUGCAGUCAGGACAGUCUCUUUUGCAAUGUCUAGUAGACUCGUGGAAUAAGCAGAAAGAAAUGGAUCGUAUUGCAUUUCAUUCUGUGGAUAUUGUUGGUGAUGACCCCAAUGAUGAUACAUGCAACAUUUGUGGAGAUGGGGGUGACUUGAUAUGUUGUGAUAGUUGCCCCUCAACAUUCCACCAGAGCUGCUUAGAUAUUCAAAAGUUACCUUCUGGAGAUUGGAGAUGUGUUUAUUGCUCAUGCAAAUUCUGUGGGACAGUUGUCAGAAACUCCUCAGAGAAUGAUGAUCGGGAUGGCAUGCUAGUCUCUGAAUUGUUAACAUGCCAUUUGUGUGAGGGAAAAUUCCAUUUGCCUUGUGUCCCUGGUGACGGUGCUAAGGAUUUUGAUUCUAAAGAUCUAUCAUUUUGCGGAAAGGGAUGCCAGAAGAUUUUUGAGGGCCUGCAAUUGCUUCUUGGUGUAAGGUACAAGUUGGAUGAAGGAUUUUGCUGGAGACUUCUUCGACAUCGUGAUUUUGGCAGGGAUACAAAUUUGACUGAUGAUCUAGUAGACAUUGAAUGCAAUUGCAAGUUAGCUGUUGCUUUCUCCAUUAUGAAUGAGUGUUUUGUGCCCAUUGUUGACCAGCGAAGUAAAAUCAAUGUAAUUCAGAGUGUUGUUUAUAGCUGCGGGUCAAACUUUACGCGGCUGAACUACAAUGGGUUCUAUACUAUUGUUCUGGAGAAGGAUGAUGAACUUAUCUCUGCUGCAUCCAUAAGGAUUCACGGGAAUCAGGUUGCUGAGAUGCCAUUUAUUGGAACCAGAUAUGUGUAUCGUCGUCAAGGAAUGUGCCGUCGGCUUCUCACAGCAAUUGAAACGGCUCUUUGUUCUCUUGGUGUUGAGAAGCUGGUUAUACCUGCUAUAGCAGAACUUAAUGAAACAUGGACGAAGGUUUUUGGUUUCAAACCCCUUGAAAAAUCAAAGAGACAGGAAAUGAAGUACAUGAGUAUGAUAGUGUUCCCUGGCACGGAUAUGUUACAGAAGCCUCUAUUGAAGGAUCAGUUCAGUGAAGGCCAAGUUACUUCAACAGGGUCCAAUGCUGAUGCUUUCUCUGAAGUCAAACUCAACCAAGAUGACAAAGGUCCUAUUUUACCUGUAGAAUCAAGUCUUGAUAUAGGUGAUGGCAUCUUAAAUGAUACGUCCGAUUGCCAAAACAGUCUUCCUUGUCAUGCGUCUGAAGCUGAUGCUCAUGAAACUGAAAGGACAGCUAAUUGCUCUUCUGCACAACAUGGGAUGAAGAUUUAUCAACAUUGUGUGAGUGGGAUGGAAGGCAAACCACUGAUUUCUUCUCCUGUGGCACCUAUAUCAACAAUUCAUGAGGAGAAAGCCAUUCACAGUUUGGAAGAUAGUAAAGAAGCUGCCAGUUGUCUGCGUAAAAGAGAAGUUGAGUGUCUGAAUAAUGACUCCGAUUCCCUUGAUAAGGGUUGCCAGGAGACAUCUCCUGUAUAUUGGCAAGAUAGAAAUGCACGUCACGCACUUGAAGUUCCUGCAGGAAAGGAUUCAAUUGCUUCAAGUGAAAUGACUUCUGAUAUGAUAUGCGAUUCCAGCGGUUCAAUUAAAGCUAUUCCCCAGGCAUCUCAUCAGAUAGAAAAAGUUAUGGGUUGUUCAGAUCUACCCGUUCCUAAUGGCUAUAUUUGUGAUAAAACAUCUACCUCCGGCUUAUCUUGCUUGAACUCUCCUUUGGCAAGCCAAGAAACUUCCCAUGAAAUCAUGAGAAGUAACAUCAAUAACCAUAAAGAAGUUUCUGUGGGUGCUCAUGUUUUGUCCCUUGAUGCAAAGUCUCUCCAAGAUGUAGCUCAAUUGUCUGCAAAAUCCACCGAGGAACUGGUGUCUUGUUCAUCUUAGUGGUUUGUGUGAUUUUGAACCCUGAGGCAGUAUGAGUUCCUGCGACGCUCCUGUGGUGCUAAUAUGUAUGUUCUGUAGAUUUUGAAGAUGUAACGUGCUAAUCUUGAUCUUUUAUUGAGCAACAACUGACAAAGCCAAGUGUAUAUUCCUCGAAGUGUAAUUACUGACAUGAACAUAUUCGGUGCAAUGGUUUUUGAGUAGCUCUAUUUUGGUUGAAAGUUGUAGAUGUUUCCUACAUGGCAGCGGAUGAAUGAGUAUUGAUUACAGAUGGUCUGACCUACAGACUGAAUUUGGAUGUGUAUAACUAGGUGUAGAUGUAGGUUUUUUUGAGGUAUGUAUUUUCUAACCUGCAGAAACUGCAUAGGAAUUGAGUAUAGAGUGUUUUGUAAUCCGGUGUACAUUUUGUAGAUGGUGUCGUAGUAACUUUUGGUGCGCCGAAUCCUAAUUGUAUGUUGUUAACAGUACUGUCAGUACAAGGAUUUGGUGUUUUGAUGUCAGUUGACAUGCAGCGCUUUUGAUUGAAAGUGAGUUGCUUUUUCGGAGAAAA